UAACCUAAAUGUCUGAAAAUAAAGAAUUCUCAUUGAUAAAAACGUUCUCGCAAAGUUUCCUCGCCGCCGGCGUAUCAUCGGCGGUGGUGGCCGUCGUUUUGGCGCCGGUGCAACGGGUCAAGCUCAUCCUGCAGCUGCAGGCCGUCUCCAGGCAGGUGUCGCCGCAGAACUCCUACAAGGGCAUGAUCGAUACCCUGGUGCGUGUCACCAGAGAGGAGAGUUUCUUCAGUCUAUGGCGAGGAACGUCGACGAAUCUGCCGAGGAGCGUGGUGGGCGCCACGUUCAAUUUCGGCUUUAAGGAUUUCUACGAGGAGAGAUUCUCCGGGCAAUUGGACAGGGAUAGGGAUUUUUGGACGUAUUUCGGCGCUAAUUUAGCUGCCGGCGGGUUAGCGGGUUUAACGGUAACAACCUUCAUGCAUCCGCUGGAUUUCGCCACGACUCGAUUGGCCACGAAUUUCGGUAGCGAAAAAGGUAAAUUCUUCGAGCAAGUGAAAUUCGUUUGCAAAACGGUCCGCUCCGACGGGGUGUUGAUAUUGUACAAAGGAUUUCUCUCGUCUAUAACGGGAGUGUUCGUUUAUCGUUCGGUUUAUUUCGGGUUUUACGAUACCAGCAAGGGCGCCUUCAGGUCGAAAACGUUGAUUAACACGAUGAUCGCCGCUCAAACGUCCAGCGUAUUGGCCAUGCUGCUGGCCUAUCCUUUCGAUACGGUCAGGAGGAGAUUGAUGAUGCAAGUCGGUUUGCCGAAACGCCAGGUUGUGUACAAAAGCACGUUGGAUUGUUGGGUGAAAAUCGCCAAGCAAGAGGGACCUUUGGCCUUCUACAAAGGGGCCUUUACGAACAUCGCGCUCAGCACCGGCGGAGCUGCCAUGCUCGUGUUUUACGACAUUAUCAAAAUGAAAUUGUAGAGGAAUUCGGGGUAAAGGUGUAAAAAUAACCUGCCGUUAAAUUUGCAUGCUGAACAAAAGGUAAUAUUGUGUGUUUAAACUCGAAAAAAAGGAUGACAGUCAAGAUUAUUAAACGAAAAAUGCACUAGACGAUGUUUCUCGGAAUAUUUUAAGCCCGUAAUAUUUGUAUAAAGAUUUAUUUAUUUCUGUUAUUAUAUUAUAAGUUUAUGGAAG